AUGAGUGGUAAAAUGUGUCACUGUCCAGUUGAAUUUUCUUCUCUCGUUCCUUUUUCAAUCUGCAUCUGUUAUGUAGAAGCAGAGCAGGCCAUUUUGUCUUUAAUCCCGGCACCAGUUGAAACUCCAAACAGAAGCGACGAUGAUGAAGAAAAUUCAGAAGCAGCGCAGUCUAUACUGUCUGUAAUCCCAGCACCAGUUGAAACUCCCACUAAAACUGACGAUGAAGAUAGCUUUAUAGGGCGUAUCACCACGCCUUUAACAAGUGAACCAAAUGGAAAUGGCAAUGACGUAGUAACACCUGAAGCAGAGCAGGCUAUACUGUUUGCAAUCCCGGAACCAACUGAAACUGCAACCAAAACCGACGAUGAUGAAGAAAUGUCAGCCAUGAUAACAAUUUCGAAUGUACUCACAAUCAUGAUCGAAACGUUAGAAACAACACGUUACAAUUUCCAUAACUUUAAUGAACUGCGAGAAGCGAAAGAAACAAUCGAAAUAGCAAACAAAACUGCCGAUGAAGAGAAAACUUCAGGUCCUGGUGCACUGCUUGGAUUAAAGGAACCAACCGAAACUACAACCAGAACCGACGAUGCUGAAGAAACUUCAGAAGCAGAGCAGGCUAUACUGUCUGUAAUCCCGGCACCAGUUGAAACUCCAACUAAAACUGACGAUGGAGAUAAAUCUUCAG